GAUUGCCAAACACCUCAAUGAAUUCUCUACAACACAUAAUUCUCUACAAAAGCAAAUUGUUCCUUGUUGCAGAUCGAAACAAACUAAAAUAAAUUUUCAUAAUCUUAACAUGCCUUCAAUAUCACAAAAAACAGCUGACAAAGUAAUCAUGGAGUUUAUUAUUGACACCUUUAAACCACUUUCACUGGUUGAUGAUCCUUCAUUCCAGAAAAUGAUUAAAACAUUUUCUUCGACGACAAAAGUUAUUUGUCGUCAGACUCUAGGCAAUAAAAUCUCUACAGCAUUUACUGAUAUGACAACAAAGCUUAUAAGAGAUUUGGCUUUUAUUGGAGUUACUGUCCUUUGGAUGGACCCAUUAACCCUCAAGAGAAGAUCAGCAGCUUUGGCACUGAGGUGUAUAAUAGGAAAGCAAACAUAUGAUGUUUUGGCUAAGGAAAUUAUGGAUAUCCACAAGACUUAUAAAAUUCAUAAUAAGGUGGUGAAGAUGGUUACCGAUAAUGGAACCAAUUUGUCAAGGCAUUUGAAGUUAUUUCGAGAAAAUGAAGAAGAUAGUGAGGAUAUGGAAUUAAUAAAUUUGGAUGACAUAUUAUCUGUUGAUGACUCAAAUAAUCCUAUCUGCCUUCCGAAGCAUCAACGUUGUUGUUGCUAUAAUCUAAACCUGAUUGCAACCAAAGAUGCUGAGAAGGUUAUGGAACCCUUGGCUACCUCAUUAAAGAUCUUGGAACGGGAGGAUAACAUGGAGCAGGGAUAUCUAACCCCGGUUUUAACCAUACUUAUAGAUAGGUUAAAGAAAUUUAGUCGCCUGCGAUAUUGUCAGCCCCUUGUAGAGUGUGUGCUUAGUGGUAUUGAUAAAAGAUUUCCUUCACUAUAUGAUGACAGUAAUAUAUUAGCAUCAAUAAUUCACCCAAAGUUUAAGCUCAAUUGGCCUUUUAUUAAUCUGCCACAAAAUUUGUUGCCAAAAGAAAGAUAAUUACGUGAUACGUGAUAUUAAGCGCACUACCCCUAAACGUCGUACAUAUAGCAAAAGUUAUAUAUACAACAGAGCAACGCUUGGUUCUCUUAUGAAAAAAACCCCAUCAAACUGGGAUAAAAAAUGGGAAAAUAAUUAAGAGGACCAUCCACGAUUUUUGGGCAGGCCGCAGUUACUGUGCGCGUAAGUGGCAAAGCCACUCACUUAAACGCUCAUGGGAAGUAAAAGGGACAGAUAAAAGCCCAUGCCCGAUUAAUUGAUUAUGGAAGGGUCAUAUUGGCAAUGUUACAAUUUAAGUCUUAGGAGUAACUAUAAUAUUCAUAUAAUCUGUAAAUAAAUAUGAUUAAAAUAAAAUAAUAUUUACCGUUCUCACUUCAAAUUUUCCACCGGUGUCAUACUACAAUGCAAAAAAAAUUAAUAUUAAAAAUAUGAAUAAUUGCUCAUUUAGAAAAUAUACAGGAUCAACCAUAUGCAGAUCCUUCAAAUGAAUGCAUGGAUGAAAUCGAUACUUUUUUGGGGAAAAAUUCAUCACAAAAUGCUCUUUCAAAUUAAUAAUUUUUUUUUAUUCUAAUGAUGAUUCAGUGAAUAUUUUUAAUAAUUAUGUUAAUUUAAAAUUGUUUUUAUUGAAUAAAACACACCCUUGCUAUCAAGCGCUCCUGUAGAGCGCUUGUUUAGUAAAGCUAAACAUGUACUUAAUGAAAAACGGGGAUGUUUAAAUGAUGAUAAUUUUGAAAAAAUUUUAUU